GUGAGGCGGGGGGCAGGGUGUGGGGAGCCAUGACUGUGAUGGGGAUGGGGUGGGGCCCAGUGAAGCGGGGGCACCAUGGCGAAGGGUUUAGCUCCCCAGACGGGGGUCUCCCCUGCUUCUUGCCCCUCCCCCUCUGUCCUAGCAGAGUCCCAGUGGCGGGGGCACCAGGUAUCCGGCCCCCUGGAGACAGCGCCCAGCAGCCAAGCCCCCUGCAAGGGGAGCAAGAGCCAGAGGCUGCCGGGGAUCGAGGAGGAGCCCCCGGCCAGCCCCCCGCCCGACUAUCGGCAGCACCUGUACAGCCUUCUGGGCCCUGAAAGAGCCAAAUACUUCCUGAGCCCGCCAGCCCUGGAGCGGAGCAGGAGCCCCGGGGAGCAGGGCCUGCCGGAGGCAGUGGGAGGGGCCCGUGCUGAGGAGCUCUGGCGAGUCCUGCACGAGGAGCCACAGCGCCGGCGGCAGGCGGCAGAGGCUGGGAUGGGGCGGGCGCUCUCCGAGCAGGUGCCCCGGCUGGGAGGCGCCGCUCUCAUGCCCAGGAUGCAGCGGGUGGCCCGGUGGAGGCUGCAGCUGCAUGUGAUGCACCGAAUGGGGGAGCUGCACCAGGACGCAACCAGCCUGCUGCUGGCCAGGGAGCCGCUUGCCGACCUCAGUGACAGCCAGGGGGCCCAGGGGCCGGCCCGUUAUCUGCACCGGACUCUCCAGGGAGGUUGUUUUUGUGCUCCGAGUUCUCACGUUGCCCGCCCAGGGCUCGGGGACUCGGGGACUCGCAGGAGCAGGAGGGGCGUUCUCGGGGGCCGCCUCCACCCCAGCCUGCUGCCAACUCCCCCUCCCCCAGCGCAUAGUGGUGAGCGGCUGCCAGGGCUGCGGGCUGCACCGCUCAGACGUGAGUACCGGGGCGGCUCUGGGGUGAGCGGGAGGGGGCUGCCCGCAGAGCCUGCUGCCCUUAGGUGCCCGGCCCGGGCAGCGACAUUAAAGCUCAAGCUGCCUGGAUUUCUCCUGCAGCCCCAGAGUCCUGUGCCCAGCUGGGGGGCUGGACCAUCGGUGCCCAUGGAGCUGCUGGUCGCCCUCCUGCUGCUGGUCCAGGUGCCCGGUGCAGCAAGCCAGGAAGAGCCAGGCUGCUCUGCGGGGAGCUGCCACCCAGCCACCGGGAACCUGCUUGUAGGGCGGGCCCAGAACCUGAGCGCCACGUCCACCUGUGGGCUGCAGGGGCCCCAGGAGUACUGCAUCGUCAGCCACCUGCAGGACUCGGAGAAAUGCUUCUCCUGCGACUCCCGGUCCCCGUCUCUGCGUAACAGCCACCGCAUCCAGAAUGUGGUGUACCUCGGCGGCCAGGACGGCCACACGACCUGGUGGCAGUCGGAGAAUGGCGUGGAGCACGUAAGCAUCCGCUUGGACCUGGAGGCCGAGUUCCACUUCACCCACCUCAUCAUGAAAUUUAAGACCUUCCGCCCGGCAGCCAUGCUGAUUGAGCGCUCGGCGGAUUUCGGCCGCACCUGGAAGGUUUAUCGCUACUUCGCCUACAACUGCUCCCGGCUGUUCCCGGCCGUGGCUGUGCAGGCAUCGGGCCGCGUGGACGAGGUGUUGUGCGAGCAGCGCUACUCCGAGAUCGAACCCUCCAGCCAUGGCGAGGUGAUUUUCAAGGUCCUGGACCCGUCCAUCCCAGUGGAGGAUCCGUACAGCCCAGCCAUCCAGGAUCUGCUGCGCAUCACCAACCUGCGGGUGAACCUGACAAAGCUGCACACGCUGGGCGACAACCUGCUGGACUCGCGGCGCCAGGUGCUGCGCAAGUAUUACUACGCCCUCUACGAGCUGGUGCUCCGCGGGAGCUGCUUCUGCUAUGGCCACGCCUCCGAGUGCGCGCCCGCCCCCGGCGUGCCAGGGGACGUGGAGGGCAUGAUUCACGGCCGUUGCGUGUGCAAACACCACACCACGGGCCUGAACUGUGAGCGGUGCCAGGACUUCUACCAGGACCUGCCAUGGCGCCCUGCCGGGGGCACCGACCCACACGCCUGCCAAGGGUGUAACUGUAACCAGCACUCACGCCGGUGCCACUUCGACAUGGCCGUGUACCUGGCCACGGGCAACACCAGCGGGGGCGUCUGUGACGACUGUCAGCACAACACCAUGGGCCGCAGCUGCCAGCUCUGCAAACCCUUCUACUACCACAGCCCGCUGGCCGACAUCCGGGCCAGCACCGCCUGCGUCCCCUGUGACUGUGACCCGGUGGGCUCCCUGGACGGCGGGGUGUGUGACAGCCACACGGACGUGGCGCUGAGCAUGAUCGCCGGGCAGUGCCGCUGCAAGGAACACGUCCAGGGCGUGCGCUGUGACAGCUGCAAGGAGGCCUUCUACGGGCUGAGCCGCACUGACCCUCAGGGCUGCCAGCCCUGCAGGUGUGACCCUCGGGGCAUCAUCACAGGCAGCCCCCCCUGUGACCACAUCAGUGGAGACUGCUACUGCAAGCGCUUUGUGAGCGGCCGGUAUUGCAGCCAGUGCCUGCCCGAGUUCUGGGGCCUGAGCAACGACAUGGCCGGCUGCCGGCCCUGCACCUGCGACUUCGGGGGCGCCUACAGCAACAGGUGCUCCAUGGAGGACGGGUUGUGCCCCUGCCGGCCCCACCUCAUUGGGCGCCAGUGUGACCAGGUGCAGCCCGGCUACUUCUGUGCACCCCUGGACUACUACAGCUACGAGGCGGAGCAUGCCACAGGGCACGUGCCCACCCACCCCACGCUGCCGGGAGCGCUGCGCCCCGAGGCCCCCUUGGACUGCCUGGAGCAUUCCAGCGGGCUCCCAAACGGGCGGAAGGGGCGUCUGCGGCCCCAACGCAGCGCCAUGCGGCUCCGGCAGCACCGAGCCCUGUCCCGGCGCAGCCGGCAGCCCCAGCACAAGCCUGACGUGGAAGUGGUGUCCCGGGAGCACGUGGGUCACAUGAUCACAUGGACGGGGCCCGGCUUUGCCCGCGUGCGGGAUGGGGCCGGCCUGUCCUUCCACAUCGACAACAUCCCCUACCCCAUGGAGUACGAUAUCCUGAUCCGCUACGAGCCGGAGUCCACAGAGGACUGGGAGGCCAUCAUCAGCGUCAGUGCCCAGGCGUUGCCCACGAGCCCCCGCUGCGGUAAUGUGCUGCCCUCGGAGCAGAGAUACAAGGAAAGCCUGCCGCACACCGAGAGGUACGCCCUGCUGUCCCGGCCCUUCUGCUUUGAGCCCAGUAACCAGUACGAGAUUGCCAUGCGGUUCCAGCGGGCGGGUGUGGUCCAGCGCCACCCAGCCGCCUUCAUCCUCAUCGACUCGCUCGUUCUUCUGCCACGAGUGCUGGAGCUGCCAGCUUUCCGUGGCAGCGAGCCGGCGGCGGUGCAGCACCGGGAGGAGCUGGAGCACUACAUGUGCCUGGAGGCGUUCCGCAUGGCGACCAUGCCAGCGCUGGCCGAGAUGUGCGCCCACCUGCUCUGCAGCAUCUCCGCCCUGCUGCACGAUGGGGCCCUGGCCUGCCAGUGCGACCCCCAAGGCUCAACCAGCAGCGUGUGCCAGCCGGUGGGUGGGCAGUGCAAAUGCAAACCCCACGUGAUCGGCCGGCGCUGUGACCAAUGUGCGCCAGGCACCUAUGGAUUUGGGCCCUCCGGCUGCAGCCGCUGUGCCUGCUCCCCCGAGGGCUCAGUCUCCAAGCUCUGCGAUCCUGUGAGUGGGCAGUGCCGAUGCCAGCACGGUGCCAUGGGGCGCCGGUGUGACCAGUGCUCGUCGGGCCAGUGGGGCUUUCCGGCCUGCCGGCCCUGCCACUGCAACGGGCACUCGGAGGAGUGCGACCCCCACACCGGGGCCUGCCAGCAGUGCCACGAUGCCACCACAGGGCGUCACUGUGAGAGGUGCUUGGAGGGUUACUAUGGCGACCCGGUGCUGGGCUCCGGGCAGCAGUGCCGGCCCUGCCCGUGCCCGGGGUACCCUGGGACUCGGCAUUACCAUGGCAACUCCUGCCAUGCCGACAAGGAGACCAAUCAAAUAGUCUGUCUGUGUGCACCAGGCUAUACGGGCCCGCGCUGUGACCGCUGCUCCCCCGGUUACUUCGGGGCCCCAGAGCAGGAGGGCGGGGGCUGCCGGCCCUGCCAGUGCAACAACAACAUCGACCCCAGCGACCCCGAGGCCUGCGACCCCCACAGCGGGCAAUGCCUGCGCUGCCUGCACCACACGGACGGGCCCCGCUGCGCCGAGUGCCGGCCCGGCUACCAUGGCAACGCGCUGCAGCGCAGCUGCCGACGCUGCACCUGUAAUCAGCUGGGCACGCUGCCUGCCCACUGCACCUCCGGCACCUGCUACUGCGACCGGCUGACGGGCAGCUGCCCCUGCCGCGUUCACGUGGUGGGCAAGAACUGCGACCAGUGCGCCCCUGGCUUCUGGAGCUUCGGUGGGGAGCGGGGCUGCGAGCCCUGCAGCUGUCACCCGGCCCACUCCCUGCAGCAAGGCUGCAACAUGUUCACAGGACAGUGCCCGUGCCGGCCAGGCUUCGGGGGCCGUACCUGCACCGACUGCCAGGAGGAUCAUUGGGGCGAGCCAGAGCGGGAGUGCAUGGCCUGUGACUGCGACCCGGCCGGGGUGGAGAGCCCACAGUGUGAGCGUCUCAGCGGGCGCUGUGCCUGCCGCACCGGCUUCAUGGGGCAGCGCUGCGACCACUGCCUCCGUGGCUUCCAGGACAACUUCCCCCGCUGCGACCGCUGCCCGCCCUGCUUCGCCCAGUGGGACCUGGCCCUGGACCGGCUGCACCACCGGCUGCGCCAGCUGCAGGGGCAGGCGCGGGCGCUGCAGGAGGGAGGCCCCGGGCCUGAGUUCAGCAACAGCCGCCUGCAGGACCUGGAGAGCAAGCUGAGGAGCACGGAGCGGCUGGUCGGGGACGGGAGCAGCCAGGGCGCCUCCCUCCUGUGCCAGCUGGACCACCGGCUGGACAGCACCAGGAAGGACAUGGACGAGGUGUGGAAGCAGCUGCAGGCCGCGGAGGGGCACCUGGAUGAGCCGGCGGGAGCGGACGCAGAGCAGAGGGGCCGCCUGGCCAGCCUGAGCAGGGAGCUGCAGGAGCUGAACCUCACCCUCUCCCGCCAGCAGGAGCAGCUGGCAAGAUGGGAGGGGGCCAGCUUUGGGGAGUCCUACCGGAGCAUCCGGGCCUCCUCCGAGCGCUCGAGGCAGGCGGCGCAGCGGGCCAGUGCCUCGGUGCAGGGGCCAGCCAGCCUGGUGGGCCAGGCCCAGCGCACACGGCAGGCCGCAGAGGGGCUGCUGCGCAGCACAGGAGACACCUUCCGCCGGAGCCUGGCAGCACAGAGGAGGUCGCUGCGGGAGGCCCAGAAACGGGCGGCUAUGCUCAGCAUCUCCAGGCUCAAUGAGAGGAUCUGUGGGGCGCAGGGAAAUCAGGGCUGUGAACAAGCCCCCUGUGGAGGGGCCUCCUGCCAGGAUGACUCUGGGCAGCGGCACUGUGGGGGCCCAGGCUGCAGGGGGGCGCUCCCCAUCUCCACGCAGGCCCUGCGCACCACCCAGGACGUCUCUCGCCAGUUGGAAAGCACGGCUGGGCAGCUGGGCACCAUUGCCCUUAAGGUGCAGGAGAUCCAGGAGCUGGCCCGGGGCGCCAGGAGACGAGCCCAGGACACACUGGAUGGGUCCCAGGCAGCCAGAGGCCACAUGGAGGAGUCCACAGCCAGGCUGCGAGAAUUCAUCCAGAAAAUCAAGGACUUCCUGACAGAGGAGGGAGCCGACCCGGAGAGCAUUGAGCUGGUGGCCCGGCAGGUGCUGAACAUCUCCCUGCCCAGCAGCCCCAGCAGGAUCCGGCACCUGCUGCAGGAGAUCCAGGACAGCAUCCGGCAACUGGAUGGGGUGGACGCUGUCCUGAACAGCACGGCCCACAGUCUGGCCACCGCCCAGGAGCUGCUCACACGGGCAGGGCAGGCCAGGGAGCGAGCGGUGGGCGUGAGGGGGGUGAUUGCGGCCACGCAGGAGGUGCUGGCGGGGGCGAAGGUCCAGGUGUCCGUGGCAGGGCGUGCGCUGAAGAGCACCAAGAAGGCAGUCCGGGGCGUGGAGAGCAGAGUGAAGGAGGCCGAGCGCAGGCUCUGGGGGCUGCAGGAGAAGGAGUCGCGGGUGCUGAGUGCCCUGCAGGAGCUGGCGAAGCACGUGGCUGCCCUGCAGGACAAGUCCAGGGCCAACCGGGGGCUGGCCAAGCAGGCCAAGGAGAAAGUUGAGCGAGCCGUGUCGGCAACGGGAGUGCUGGGCCAGGCGCUGGCGGAGGUGGCGCGGCUGUACGCGGUGCUGCAGAGCAAGGUGGGCGGGCUGGCUGGGGCGUCGGGCGCGGCGCUGCGCCGGGUGACGCGGCUCCUGCAGGACGCUGAGCAGAUCCUGGACAAGGCCAGCGGCAGCCAGAGGAAGCUGGAAGAGCUGGAGCGGCGCUUUGAGGACGGCGAGGUGUUGCUGGAGACCAAGGCCACGCAGCUACGGGCGCUAGAGAGACGGGUCUCCGGGCUGCUGGAGGAGAUCCAGGAGAAGGCCAAUGCUUAUGCCACCUGCUAGUGCCAGGGCAUCGCCUGCCGGGCCUGACUGCCAGUCUGGGCCUCUGCGCCUUCCCUCCGCGGUGCCCCACCCUCCCGCCGGGCCGCACUGUCCUGCCCCCUCCUCCUCCCCGCCGGGCCGCGCUGUCCUGCCCCCACCCUCCCCGUCCCCUCCCCCGCCGUGCUGCGUUAUCCUGCCCCCUCCUCCUCCCCAGCCCAGUCGCGCUGUCCUGCCCCCACCCUUCCCAUCCCCUUCCCCCACCAGACUGCAUUAUCCUGCCCCCUCCCCCUCCGGGCCUGCCCCCACAUCCCAGACAUUCAUAGGAUUAUUUCCUGCCCCUCCCACACACCACAGCUGGUGGGGCUGGGGAGUGCCUCACAGGGAGGGCAGAGCCAAGUGCCCGUGUUGCCUUGGGGCUCAGAGCUGGUGUGCAGGCCCGUCCACUGGCAGGGAUGCCCCAGCCACCCCACAGCCCCCAUACUCUGUGCCUGCCGUAGGGGGAGCCAGGAGUUCUGCUGGCAGCUGGCUCUGUGCCCGUUGGUGCCCGCCCUGACCAUGGGCUGUGCCAGCAGCCAGCCAGGGUGCUCUGGCCUCAUGGGCAGGCGGUGCCAUGGGGCCCAGCCGUGUGCUAGGGAGCAAGUGGGAAGCCAGAUGCAGGCCCCACCUGUCGGGGGCCCCCUCAUGCGGCUCCAGGCUCUGCCCCAGCCAGUGUCUGUAGCAACCCUGUACUCUGCAAAUAAAGGCCUGAGCCCAUG